AUGUCGCGCGUAAACGACUGCUUUUGUUCCCACUAUGUAUUUCAGGUCUCACGGACGUUCCUUAGCCUGUUUGACUCUGUGUAUAUUCAGCCUCAGCCGCUUGGUCGCGUACUGGUGAUUGGGGCAUGGAACUAUCCUAUCUUUCUAGCCCUCCUUCCCUUUGUUGGAGCCAUCGGUGCUGGCAACGCUGUAGUCUUGAAGCCUUCCGAAUUGGCACCGAAGACAGAGUCUCUGCUCGCCGACCUUGUGCCCUCCUACGUUGAUGAGACUGUGUGUCAGGUGUUCACAGGUGGAGCGGAGAAGACAAUGCAAUUGCUAGAUACUUAUCGUUUCGACCACGUGUUCUACACCGGCGGCAUGAACGCCGCACGUAGCAUCCUCUCUCAAGUGGCCAAACAUCUCACUCCUGUCACUCUCGAAUUGGGUGGAAAAAGCCCCGUCUACGUGGAUGCUUCAGCAGACCUAACACUCACGGCGAAACGCUUGAUUUGGGCCAAAGGACUCAACGCGGGUCAGACUUGCGUCGUUCCUGAUUACGUUCUCUGCCACGUCGACGUUUUGGACAAUUUUAUCAAGGAGUGCAUCUCCAUAACAAAGACGUUCUAUGGUGAAAAUAUGGAGGAGUCGGAGGACUUCUCGCGCAUCAUCAAUGCGAGACAUACUGAGCGUCUCUCAGCUCUUCUCCAAAACACUAAGGGCAAAAAGGUGUAUGGUGGCAAAACGGACGUUGAAGCGAAAUUCAUUGAGCUAACAAUCGUGAAGGAUGUCAAGGAGGAUGACGUCCUAAUGCAAGAGGAGAUUUUCGGACCCAUUCUACCAAUUGUCACGGUUCAGUCAUGUGAGGAGGCCAUAAAUUAUGUGCGACGAAACGAAAAGCCGUUGACAAUUUACGUAUAUGCGUCAAACAGCGACGUGAUGGAGGCGUGGAAGAGCCGCACGACUUCAGGAUCAAUUGUCUUCAACGAGUGCAUAAUGCAACUUGCUUUACGUAAUUUACCUUUCGGUGGUGUCGGUAAUUCCGGCAUGGGACGGUACUUUGGCCAAACCUCCAUCCAAACCUUUUCGAACCCUCGUUCGGUUUUGGAUAAGUCUACCUCGGAAAGCUUCAACAAUUUAUUCCGCUACCCGCCGUACACGGAAAGCAGUGUGAAGUGGGUACGCUGGGGCCUCUCCAAAGGUGACUCCAAGUGUAGCAUCUCAUAG